AUGCACAUUCACAUAGAAACCUAUAACAUAGACCGAAAUGGCAAGGACUACCUUGAGGUGGGUAGAACUCAAUUGCCAAUGAUCUACUUCAUUUUUUCCGUCCUUUACUUGCCGUUUCUGGCCUUGUGGGUAUAUGUAUGCUACAAGAACAGGCUGGUCAUUCGCAAGAUACACAUUCUAAUGGCCAUAUUGAUCGUAAUGAAAUCGUUCAAUCUAUUUUUCGAGGCAGAGGACAAACACUACGUUAAGGUCAGUGGAACCCCUCAUGGAUGGGACUUAUGGUUUUAUUUGUCCCAAUGUCUUCGAGCUCUGUUAUUGCUAACGGUAAUCAUGUUGAUUGGGGUGGGUUGGACGAUCUUAAAACCAACUUUACAUGCCAACGACAAGAAAAUCUUGGCUGUGGGCGUAACAAUUCAGGUUUUUGCUAGCAUAGCCCAUGUUUAUACCUAUGAAAUCGGCCCGUCCAAUAGCAACUACUUGUAUUUGAGUCUGGCGUUAUUGCUGGUCGAUUUAGUGGGCUUUAUGAUAGUUUUCGUUCCAACUGCUUCGUCCAUUCAGACACUCAAGCAAGCCGCAAAGACAGAUGGAACUGCUGCGCGGGAUUUGGGAAAGAUGAGACUUUUGGGAAAUUUUAACAUAUGCGUGCUUUUGUUCUGGCAAUUGAAGUGGAUUGCGUUGCCUUAUGUCGCCAUGAUCUCUAAUGAGGAUUGUGGUUUUGACUGGUUGACUGUUACGAUUGAAGAGACUGUUGCCCUUGGAUUUUACAUUGGAAUGUUUUAUCUGUUUCGGCCUAGGGAGCAAAAUGAGUAUUUUGUUGUUGAAGACGAAGAGACGGCUCUUGCUUCAAUUCGGAGAGAGUUUUAG